AUGAGGGUCCACCGGCAGUUGUGGCUGGUGUGGUGGGUGCUCGCUCCGUGUGCGUUGUGUUGUGGCCGCGGGUUUUGGCCGUUUCCCGUUGGCUGUAGAUAUGAGCUGGGGGAGAUGGAGGUGGAUGUGUUCUCCUCCUGCAUGGUGGGUGGCUGCUGGCGUUGUGUGCCUUCCUUGCGUGGAUGCCGUCUCGUGGUGCGUGAACUGUGCGGCUGGGCCUGCUGCCCUCUCCGCAUGUCGUCUGCUCUCUCUCGCUGUAUCCGCGGUGCCCCGUCCCUCUCCCGUUGUUGCAUUCUUUUCCUUCUGUCUCACCGAUCAGCUGACUGGCUCCAGCGACUCCACCACGGGUGA